AUGCGCGUCGCCAUCCGCGAACAGCUCGUGCUGCUCGUUACCUUCACCGUCCUCGUUUCUCUAGCAGUCGUUGCUCUUCCGACCUGGUUUUUCGUCCAUCGUUUUGUCAUCAACGUGAGAAAGGACGCCCUCUCCCUGACCGCGUCUCUCAAAGCCUCUCGGAUCACGGCGGAACUUGACCUCGUCCGGUCCAACUGCCGCACAAUCGCCUCCCGGCUCCUCAUACAGCGCGGCUUGAAAUCAUACAAUGAUGGGAACGACACGAGUUGGCAAGAGGCCAGCGAGGACCUUUCCAUUGCGCUGAGCGCGAGGUCCCAGACAAACCUGCUCCAGGCGAGGAUAUACACUCGCGACGGCAGCAGUUACCCCGUGGUCAACGUGACGGGGAGGAACAACCCCGUCAUCGAACUUCCCUACGGCGAUCAGAACGGAAACCCCGUGAUUCUAGGCAACACCGCGACCCAGUUCGGCUUUCCGCCCGACCUCUAUCCCAAUGUUACAUAUAAAGAUCUUGGCUCGGUCAAUGCCCAAAACAACCUGACAGAGUUUGCCGCCUUCGCGUUUGACACGGUCAACCUCACUCAUCCCGCCGGUCUGCUCCUCGGCCCACUCGUCGUCAACGAGUCCUACGCACUCAUGUCCCUGACACUUCCUAUCCGAGAUAACGACCAGCUCAAUUUCCCUAUCGGCCUACUCACCAUCGUCGCGUCCGCCGUUACCCUGGUCAACAUUGUCAACUCCCGCGAAGGCCUCGGAAAUACCGGCAUCGUGCUCGUAGUCGGGCCUGAUGAUCCCUCGAAUAGGUUCAACAAGUCCGUUCCCCAGGCCGACCCCGCUCUUAUGGGCGACCCAGAGCUGUUCCAGGACGUAUACAUGCACUACCUCCUCCCGGCAAACCCCCUACCCAAUCAAGAAGAUCGACACUCGGCCCGGACCUAUCUCAACGGCACCAAUGACAAUCCUUUUAAGCUUGGCGCGUACCCGGCGGCCCUUCUCUCUUGGACUAAACGCAUCAUCGCCGUGAACAAUGCGAGCUCGCUGCUCUCGACAACUAACGAAGACGGCAAAACAGUCGCCGUAGGCUUCGCUCGAACGAAUACGACCCUCGCUAACUGGACCGUCCUUGUUGAGCAAACCAAGAAGGAAGCUUACGAACCCAUUGUUAACUUGCGAAAGAUUCUCUUGGGAUGCGUCUUCGGAACCGCUGGGGUUAUCUUUGUCCUCACGUAUCCAUGUGCCCAUGUCAGCGUCAUGCCUAUCCGUAGGCUCAAAGCCGCGACCGAGAAGACUGUGUCGCCCCCAGGCUACGAAGAUGACUAUUUUUCGCCCGGCUAUGGCGACAGUAGUGCCGAGACUCCUGGGUCGGGCCAGCAGUCCCACCGCUCCCAGGAUUCCAUCAAGGGGUGGUUCUGGAAGCUGCUCAUCGCUAUGGGCUACCGACCUACCCCACAGCGUCGAAGGAAGCCGGAGGAGUCUCUCGACUCAUCCCGACGCGUCUUUAAAAUUCCUGGCAAGGUUAUGGACAAGAAGCAUCUAAUCACCGACGAACUUACGGAAUUGACGACAACCUUUAAUGACAUGAGCGACGAGCUGGUGAAGCAGUACACGCUUCUUGACGCCAAAGUGGCGGCUCGGACCAGGGAGCUCGAAGUCAGCAAGAAGGCGGCCGAGGCAGCGAAUGAAAGCAAGACGCUCUUCAUCGCAAACAUCUCCCACGAACUCAAGACCCCACUAAACGGCAUUUUGGGAAUGUGUGCUGUCUGCAUGGAAGAGGAUGACCUCACCAAGAUCCAGCAGUCUUUGAGGACACUUUACAAAUCUGGUGAUCUCCUACUCCAUCUUUUGGAGGAUCUUCUUAGCUUCUCGAAGAAUCAGAUUGGACAACAACUCAGUCUAGAACAACGAGAAUUCCGACUCGCCGAGAUCCGUUCCCAGAUCCUCACCAUCUUCGAUAAGCAAGUGCGGGAAAGCCACAUCAACUUUUCAGUCACCUUUCUCGGCGCGGAUCAUUUUGAUUUGGAAAAGGGGGUCGCAGACUAUCGGUUCCCCGCCCUCGGGCCACAAGGAACUGGGAAACUAAAGAACAUGUGUCUUUGGGGCGACCAACACCGCAUUCUUCAGAUCUUGAUCAACCUCGUCAGCAACAGCUUAAAGUUUACGCCCCAAGGUGGGAAAGUCGAGCUUCGAAUUAAAUGCCUGGGGGAAAUGGACGAGGGCCCGACGGGUGCACCGGGCGCCAGCCGAUCUUCGUCUACCUCAAAGAGCUCUGGUCCGGCAAGCCGCGGACGGGCCCGAUUAGCCUCGACCUCGACUCGAUCCGGCAGUUCCCGGGGACAGAGCAGUUCGAUCCCACCGGAUCAAAUCAAGGGUACGGCUCUCUCUAUCAACCCAAUGGAUCCCAAGCAGGCCCAACCGGUGUACAUCCGAGGGCGCUCUCCUACCCCUCCCCCAUUGAACGCGAAGACGUACCUCUUCGAAUUCGAAGUGGAGGACACAGGCCCAGGAAUCCGGGAGGAAAUGCAGCAGCGCGUGUUUGAACCCUUUAUGCAAGGUGACUUGGGUCUGAGCAAGAAAUUUGGGGGUACCGGAUUGGGUCUCAGCAUCUGCCAGCAGCUUGCCACCAUCAUGGGAGGUAAUAUCACGCUCGAGAGUACGAUCGGUGUUGGAUCAACGUUUACGGUGCGCAUCCCGUUGAAGUAUGUCAGAGACAGGCCGUCUAGCACAGCAUCCAGCAGCGCCAAGUCUCGCUCAACCAGUGUCGACGGUACCGAUACCGAAUCUCCUCGCAAUUCGAUGGCCAAGACCAACAACGACAACAAGUCGGCUCCAGUGCUAGAUACCCAGCCAAGCGCCCUAGCUGACAAGGAAAAGAGCGGCGGGGGCAAACUUAGGGUGUUGGUUGCUGACGACAACUCAACUAAUAUCGAAGUCGUCAGUAAGAUGUUGAAGUUGGAGGACGUCUACGAUGUAACCAUUGCCAAGGAUGGCCAAGAGGCUUUCGAUCGGGUGAAGGAUGCCAUGGCCGAUGAGCGGCCUUUUGAUGUCAUUUUUAUGGACGUGCAGAUGCCAAAUCUGGAUGGGUUGCAGAGCACGCGAAAGAUCCGCGAAAUGGGAUACAAGUCUCCCAUCGUUGCGCUGACGGCCUUUUCGGAGGAGAGCAACGUCAAGGAAUGCAUGGAGUCAGGCAUGGACGAGUUCCUCAGCAAGCCGAUCCGACGACCAGCACUCAAGCAAGUGCUUCGGAAAUUUGCCACGAUUCCGGAAGAGCCGGAAACGACGGUGACGACUCCGGACGAGCUCCCGAAUGGCCCAGAUGGCUCUGUUACGGUGGGCGGAUCGUCGCCGGCAAAUGGAGUUGUCAACGAGAAGGAGAGCUUUUAG